GAGGAGAUAACAGCCUUGAAAAACAGAAGCAUGGCUGCCUCAUCUCUACGCCAAUCUGUUUCUUUCCUGUUAUCCAUUCUGCUGCUGAUCCUUUCACAGAAGGGCUUCUGUACCAAAUAUACUCGUGAGGACUUUCCUUCAGAUUUUGUAUUUGGAGCAGGGACUUCGGCUUACCAGUAUGAAGGAGCGGUGGCAGAAGAUGGAAGGAAACCAAGCGUUUGGGAUAUAUUCACACAUGAAGGAAGAGCUCCAGAUAAGAGCAAUGGCGACGUGACAGCUGAUGGAUAUCACAAGUACAAGGAAGAUGUGAAGCUGAUGAGUGAUUUGGGGCUUGAGGCGUACAAAUUCUCAAUUUCUUGGUCAAGGCUUCUCCCUGAUGGAAGAGGAGCUAUCAAUCCAAAAGGUCUGGAGUAUUAUAACAAUUUAAUUAAUGAGCUGGUCAAACAAGGAAUUAAGCUUCAUGUGACUCUCUAUCAUGGAGAUCAUCCACAAUCACUUCAAGAUGAGUAUGGAGGAUGGCUGAGCAACAGGAUUGUGGAAGACUUCAAAGAAUAUGCCAAUGUUUGCUUCAGGGAAUUCGGCAACCGGGUUUCUCACUGGACGACUUUUUCUGAGCCUAAUAUCAUGACCAUGGGUGGCUAUGACUAUGGAACUUUUGCACCUGGAAGGUGUUCUUAUCCUUUUGGAGUAAAUUGCAAUGUUGGAAACUCCACAACUGAGCCAUAUAUUGUUGUUCAUAAUAUCCUUCUCACACAUGCCCAAGUUGUGAAGCUAUAUAAGAACACUUAUCAGACUAAUCAAGGAGGUUGGAUAGGAAUGAAUGUUUACUCUCUUUGGUACUAUCCACUCUCAGACUCCUUAGCAGACAUUGAAGCUACACAAAGAGUAAAGGACUUUCUUAUGGGGUGGAUACUUGAGCCCUUGGUGUUUGGAGACUACCCAAAGAUUAUGAAGAAAAAUGUUGGUUCCAGGCUCCCAUCUUUCACCCAACAACAGUCUGAACUUGUGAAGGGCUCAUUUGACUUCAUCGGCCUGAAUUAUUAUACAUCUUCAUAUGUUACGGACAGUCCUAACAACUCCCAUCUGGUCCUUCGAGAUUUCAGCAAGGACAUGUUCGCCAAAACCAGAGGUUUUCUAAAUGAAACAAGUGAGGGUCCUCCAACUCAUAUGCUCAGUGAUCCCUUGGGCCUUCAAAAUAUGUUGGAAUACCUCAAAGACAAAUUUGCUAAUCCUGUAGUUUACAUUGAGGAAAAUGGUUAUGGGUUGGGAGCCAUCAAAACGCUCCAUGACACAGAUAGAAUUGAAUACUUGAGAGAUUAUAUUGGAAGCAUCCUCGAUGCUUUGAGGAAUGGAGCAAAUGUGAAGGGGUAUUUUGUGUGGUCAUUAGUAGAUCUCUUUGAGUUAUUGGCUGGCUACAAAUCAAGCUAUGGGCUCUAUUAUGUGGAUUUUGAUGACGAGAAGCGCAAAAGAGUGCCAAAGCUCUCAGCACAUUGGUACUCCAACUUCAUUAAGAACAUUGAAGUUGUUGCUGUAGGAGAAAAAUCCCUUGCUUCACAGUGACUUUGCUUUGAGCCUUAUAUAUAGUAUUGGCAUGGGCUUAUAUUAGUUUAUGGGGCUUAGCUUAUUUGUUUGGACUUAGGCUUCGUUUGAGACGGCUUUUUUAUUGCUUCUUAAAGCAGCUUCUUAGUACAAAAAUUUUAAUUUUUGUUCUAAAAAAUUGUUUUAAGAAGCAAUAAUAAAAUAGUCUCAAACGAAACCUUAGUUAAUAUUCCAAACUGCAAAUAAUAAUUAACCAGAGGUGAUUUCCUUCACAUGACAAUACCUUUGGUUGUUGGCUGAUAUCUCACUCUACACUUAUAAUAAUAGGAAGUGAUAUUUGUCAUAGUUAUUAGCAAAUAUCAAUGUUAUGAUCUUAUAGUAUAUCUUCUAUAUUUUCCUGGUAACUUCCA